AUGCCUGCACCCCUUAUUUCACCUGCUGAGAAGUCAUAUAUUGAAGAAGGCAUUCAACAAGAUUGUCGUGCAGAUGGUCGAGCUAGACUCGAAUAUCGUCACAUGAUUCUAGAAACAGGACUUUUAUCACAAGCAAGCGGAAGUGCACGAUGUCGUUUAGGAGAUAGUGACGUGCUUGUAGGUGUCAAGGUGGAAAUUGGUGAAAUUGAACAGAAUCAACCUAAUCAAGGGCGUAUUGUUUGUAAUGUGGAAUGCUCACCAAGUGCAUCUCAACAGUUUGAAGGACGUGGAGCAGAUGAAAUCAAUAACUCAUUGACAAUGGCUGUUGACAGGCUAUUUAACGGACCACAAAGUGGACUUGACCUUGAGAAAUUAUGUAUCAUACCAGGACAACAAUGUUGGAUUAUAUAUAUUGAUGCUAUGGUCAUGGAUGCCGCAGGCAAUUUAUUAGACUGCAUCGUCAUGACAGCGCGUGCUGCAUUAUAUAACACACGUAUUCCUAAAACCGAAAUUCAAGACUUGGGUGAAGGCGAAUAUGAAUUUGAAGUCAUGGAUGACGUGGAAGAUGCAGAGCCUAUUGUCGGUUGGGAGAAUUUGCCAAUCACAGUGACUUUAUACAAGAUUGCAGAUAGAUAUAUUAUUGACCCCACGAUUCUUGAAGAACUGUGUUCUCAAGUAACGUUAACAGUGGGCGUUAAUCGAAACGGAUCUGUUUGCAGCAUACAGAAAGGAGGAAAUGGCAGCAUUGAACCGAGCCUAUUAACAGAAAUGAUACAGACUGCAACUACUUUAGCAAAGCCUAUGCUGCAACAAUUGGAUGCUAAAUUAAUAGAAGAAGAAGAUCAGGUUCAAGAAAAGAGAAGAAAUGGACUGCCAGUUGAAAAGCUUGGAUUCUUUGCUUCUGUCAUUUAA